AUGACAUGUCGAGAAUGGAUCGUCUUCGAGAGUGUAUCAUCCCUUAUCCUCGAGCUGAGCGUCCAACUCUUGCUCAUACUACGAUUGUUCGCCAUGUAUCUUGGCAGCAAGACCACGAUGCGCGUCAUGAUGGUCCCGUUCGUCAUCCAAGCAAUCGUUAUGGCCGUAUGCAUCGGCAUGAGCGUCCCCCGAUUCCUGGUCAGUCCGAACUGUGUCGAAGCCACGGUGCCCUUGGAGUUGGUGAUCUACUGUAUCGUCUCUAUUAUGUUUGAAUCCUUUCUCUUCUCCCUCACCAUCUCUAGAUAUCGCCAUGCCAAACGGGACGGUAUGGCGAACCUUGGCCUUUUGACUGUCUUGGUCCGCGAUGGCAUGCUCGCCUUCGCAGUCAUCUUCGGUAAGCUGACGUCAUGUUAA